UGAGAUCAAAUAAAAAGAGGAAUAUUUUUAGCUAAGAACGAUGCCCAGCUUACUGAUUUUAAUGGAGUAUGAGAAAUGAAAAGAUAUUAAAGCUCUUUCUCAUUGACCAAAGAAUCUAAAAAUGUAAAAAUCAGAAUCCAUCAAAACAAGAUGAGAAUUACUAAAAUUCGUACAGAGCUGAGUUGUUCUAAGUCUCUUGGAAAAAUUAAGAGAAAGCUUACUUUAAAUUAAAUUAAAGUUUUAAGUUCCAGAAAUCUUAACCUAACACUUCAAGGUGGCAAUAGAAAAAGAAAGGGUGUUUUACACAUCGAAUUAGCUCUCGAGUUCAAUUAAGAAAUGUAAAAGAGCCAAUAAGCAGAGAAUCUCAAAAUACAACAGCCUCACGUUUACUUCUUCUAAAAUUAUUUAACAAAGAAAGCAUAUCAAAAAUUUUAGAGUCUGUAACAUAGGAAAUGUUACAGAAAUAGGCUCUGGAUAUCUUUAUCUAUCUUCUUGGUUAAUAAGUAAUAUUCUGAGAUAGAAAUUAAGCUCUAUAUACUCAAAGAUCGAACUGCCCACAAGAAAAAUUCCUGAUCUAAAACUCGAUAUUCUUCAAACAAGCCCAGCUUCAACUGAGGCUUGCAGAAUCUGAAAUAUAAUAAUAAUCUUAGUGAUGAAUUCUCAGAAAGCGCACUAAGUCCUAUGUUUAUUCAAUGGAGAUAUCAAGAAAAAUCAGACAUUUAGACAAUUUUUAACGCCUCCUUAUUAACACCUUUCUUGAUUUGGUCCUCGUCUUCUCACUCAUAUGGAAUAAAAGAAGCAUCAGAGUCAUCGAAAAGAUUGGCUCUAUGAGGUUAUUAGUGGGCUGAUUGCUAAUAGAUGAAAAAUAUUAACCUUAGUGGCUACAAUCCCUACACUAUUAAGGAUAAUAUCACAAUUCUUUCAAGCGAAGCCUGCAAGUUUCUUAAAAGAUGGUGCCAUUAGAGAGGGCCAAUGUCUCAUUCUUACUGUUUUGUGAAUUUGACAAAGAAAUUGAGAACCCCUAUUAAAUUUAUGGUAAAUUCUAAAAGAAAGAAAGAAAGAAAGAAAGAAAGAGAGUUUCUUUAGUUUUAUCACAGAAUGAAUUUCUCCAGAGUCUUGGGCUUAAAAACAAAAGAGAUGAUCUACUUUAUGUCCAUGAAAAACAUUGCUGAGAACAAUCUCCAUACAAAACAUUCAAACCCCAAAACAAUAUGCAAAAACCCAGUAACAACUUCACCAAAGACCAUCACUAAAAUCUCGCCCGCACCUAUACUAAACCAUAUCACCCACCUCCACUAAUAACAACCCCCUCACCCCCUCUCUUCUCCACUCCUCCACCCCUCCACCCAAACCCUCACCUAAAUUUCCAAUUUCCAGUACAAUUUUCUACCCCUAAACAACCCUUCUCCUGUACAUGCACAGGAGACAUUUUC